AUGAUUUACUCCUCGGGAAGAGAAUCCUACUUCAACCUGAACUCCACCUGGUACGACCCCUCGGGGUCGUGGCUGGACACGCGGCGCACGCCCUUCCGCUACGGCUACGCCAACUGCUGCUCCUCGGGCUGCCACGGCGAGGGCGCCGAGGGCAUGAGGGGCCACGACUACCGGCACUACGGCUACCGGCAGCCCCGCUGCUCCGAGCCCUGCCACGGCUACUCCGGCUCCUCUUCCUCGUGCCACGGAGGGGGCUCCGGCUGCGUCAGGAGACCCACGUACAGCUACGGGGGCUCGGGGGGCUGCCAGGGCUACGGGAGGUCCGUGUGCUCCGAGAGGUGCCAGGGCUCCUCGGGCUCCUGCCACGGAGGGGGGUCCGGCUGCGUCAGGAGACCCACGUACAGCUACGGGGGCUCGGGAGGCUGCCAGGGCUACGGGAGAUCCGUGUGCUCCGAGAGGUGCCACGGGUCGGGAGCCCAGGGCGGGAAGCCGUGCUGUGGGAUGCCGGUGCAGAGCAUCCCGCAGAGCUGUGUCCCCGUGGCCAAGGGCAUCCCCCGCCAGCAGCAGAAGCAGAUCUGCCAGGUGCCAGCCAGGAAGAUCAAAUAA